UGAAGAGGAUACUACAUUUUUAAAAGCUGAAGAGGGUAAAGAUGUUCCUCCACAAUUACGUGACGGAAUUAUGAAAAAAAUUAUUAAAGAAUGUCGUGAAAUUAUUAAAGGGAAUAAUGGACCUAAACAAUCUAAAGAAAAAUAUGUACAUAAAGGAAGUGGAAGCGGACAAGGAGGAAGUGAUUUAUCAACGGGGUUUUAG